AUGUCAUCUAGUGACUUAUUAUCUGGUUAUUAUCAACGAUCUUUUUAUACACAAACAAAUAAUAUUUCCUUCAAUGUUCCUUCUUUUACACCAUUAUUAAUUCCAAUCUUUCAUGUAACACCAUUAACUUCUCCAAUACCUAGUUGUGAUGAUACAAUGGAAGACUCUUCAACAGAUACAUUAAAUAUACAUGAAAUUGAUGAUUUCAAAUUAACACAUCAACUCAUUAAUCAAAUAAUCAAAUGCACAAAAUCAGAAGAAGAUAAUUCUUACGAACUUCAACUACAACCUGAAGUAAAAGAAAAAAUAAAUGAAACUUCAAGUGCUAGUUAUGUUACACCAUAUACUGCACAAAAUGAUUCUACAUUAGAAGAAUUAGAAAAAGAAAUUCACUCUGAUUUAAUCAAAAAAUAUGAACGUAAAGAAAAAAAGAGAUUUCAUCCUAAAAAAUCUUAUUCUAAAAGUCUUUUCGAAUCACCAGAUAAACGUAAAACAAUGAUGAGAAAACGUAGAAAAAAUUAUAAACGAGAAGAACAUAAUCGAUGGAUAAUAGACUCUCUGAAAAUUCUUAUAGGAUUUGCAAUCAUUUUAUUAUGUUGUGUAUUAAUUUGGAAAAGUCAUACAGAAAUGAUUGUAAUGUAA